AUGGGGUGUUCGGAACAGGCCGACGGUGAUGGCUCCAGUGGUGAGGUGAUCGACAAGCUGGAGUAUGAGGUGGCCAAAUAUUUGAGAUCAAAGUUGCCUCAGAAGCAGACUUCCUUUCUUGGGCAUAAAGUGGACUACUUUAUUGCUGUUCAAUAUAUAGCAAGCAAGGCAGUUGAUCUUCUUAUGGAAAGCAAGUGGGCCAGAGCUGAUAAGCGCACCGAUGAGACCAAGUUCCCGAAUCGCGACACAGUGGUGGACUUUAUGAAUGUGAUGCUUCAUCACAAGUUCUUUCAUCGAGUCAAAACUAUUAUUGUGAAGAAGGAAAUCAAGAAGAAGCAGGAGAAUGAAAGCAACGAUGAGUCUUUUGAAGGUGCUAGCAAACAGUCCAAGGCGCCCGCUGUUGACAAGUCUCCAGAGCCCAAAAAGGCUAGCAAAAAGGAGAAAAAGGAAAAGAAAGAGAAGAAGAAAGUCAAGUUUGACAUGCAUCCGGAACAACUAUUUCUCGACUCUAACGAGCCAUUUGUGUGGAUUUACGACUACAUCCCCAUGAAAACCUGGCUCAUCGGCGGAGGCCUGGUUUUUGCUGCCAUUGCCAUCUGUCUGUUCCCUCUAUGGCCCCGAACUGUGCGCAAUUACGUCUACUAUCUUAGCAUUGCUGCAGCAGCAUUUUUGUUUUUCAUCAUUGCACUGGCUGUUUUGAAACUGGUCGUUUUCGCUAUCGUUUGGGCGGUCACCUUUGGGCGACAUCAUCUGUGGAUAUUGCCCAAUCUCACCGAGGAUGUGGGCUUUCUCGAGUCAUUCUGGCCGCUGUAUAAGCACGAGCACAAGACCAAAGAUUCCGAAUCUGAGCCUGACAGUAAUGACCAAGAAGAUGAAAAGGGUAAAAAGGAGACUGAGGCGGAUAAGGAGGCUGAUCAGGAGCGAGAAUCGGAAGCGGAAAGCGUCGCCACCUCUGAAAGUGGCGGCAAAAGUGCGAACGGCUUUGAAAUUCUCGACUCAGCUGACAUAAAUGAAGAAUGA